CUUUCAAUGUUCAUUGUCCCCUUUUACCUUUAUCUCUUUCCCUAAACAAACAAAUGGUCCCUUCCUUCCCAAUUUAAAAUUGGUCCUAAACCCCUUUUUUUUUCAACUCACUAUUACACACACAGCAUUGAUGUUCAUUAUCAACUUCCCCUUCCAACCUACUUGAAAGCUCCCUUUCUACCACACCUCCUUAUUUCCCUCUUUUUCUCAUCCUUUCCAUCUAAGCCUCUAAAAAUUCCUCCAACAACAUAAUACCUAUACAUUCCUCUUCCUCAUAAGAACAAUCAUUCAUUAGUGCAAAAUGGUCCUCUAAAAUAGAAAUUCACCCACCAAAAAAUAAAAAUAUAAAAAGGUAUCUUUUCUAUUCUAGAGAGAGGUUGCAAAAGUAAACACAACCCAAUUUUCUUAACUUAAACAUGGGUUGUUCAGCCUCAAAAACAACAACAAUAGUUGCUAACAGAAACACAGAAGAUCCAACAACACCUUCUGUUUCUUUUCAAUCUUCUUCUUCAUCAACUUCUUCAUCUUCUUAUGCUUCAAAUUACUUCAAUUCUUCACCACCAGUUAGAAAAGCUUUGUCCCUUACAAUGCCUCUUAUCCAUCACCCUCCAACCAAAAAAGGUGACACUCAUCACCUUGUUUCACUCACUUCCACUACCUAUGGUUCUCUUCUCCUAAUUGACCAAAAAGUCCCUAGCUUUACCCCUCAUUAUCAACCCCAUCUCACCAAAACUUGUCAAAAUGAAGAACAAUCUUUGUCACCAGAUUCUGUCAUCAACACUUGGGAACUCAUGGAUGGUUUAGAUGAACAUGAAGAUUCUCAUCAUCACGAUAGUGCUACUAAUGUUCAUAAACCUUCCAUUUUUGACAAUCCAAUGAGUUUCUCGGAUAAACACAGUUCAUGCAGGUACACAACUUUUGAUGGAUCAGCAAAAAAGAAACUUCUUGAUUCAUUUGAAUCAUUGAAAGCUUCAGAAACAGUGAUGGAUGAAAAAAAAUCUUCUUCCUCCAAAAAAAAUCUCAAGAAACCACUUUGGCAGCAUUUAUCAGAAGAAGCUUUGCUUGCUAAGUUGGAUCCAAGUGUUGCUUGGAGUUACAGAAGAGCAUUGUCAUCAAGACAACUAGGUGGUAGCAGUAACAACAAUAAUAAAAACCUUUUCAGAUGUGUAAGGUCAAUGGAAUCAAGUCCUAUGAACCCUUGUUCUUCUUUGUUUGACAAGAGUUUGUGUCUUUUACCUGGUACUGAAAACAGAAUAGUUGUUUAUUGCACAAGUUUGCGAGGAAUUCGCAAGACUUACGAAGAUUGUUGUGCAGUGAGGAUGAUUUUGAGGGGAUAUAGAGUUGCAGUUGAUGAGAGAGAUAUUUCAAUGGAUUCAUCUUAUAGAAAGGAGUUGCAGAAUGCACUUGGUGGAAAAUCAGUAGUGACAUUGCCACAGGUUUUUAUCAGAGGGAAACAUGUAGGAAAUGCAGAUGAUUUGAAACAAUUGAAUGAAUCUGGUGAAUUGGCUAGAAUGUUGAAAGGUUUUCCAACUCAAGAUCCUUGGUUUGUUUGUGACAAAUGUGGUGAUGCAAGGUUUGUGCCUUGUAAUAAUUGCAAUGGUAGCAGGAAAGUGUUUGAGGAAGAACAAGGUAAAUUGAAAAGGUGUGUUCAUUGUAAUGAAAAUGGAUUGAUUAGAUGCUCAAGUUGUUGUUCAUGAAUAAGUGAUGAACAAAAUUAUUGAUUGUUAUCUCUUUAUUAUUGUUAUUAUUUUUCUUGAUUGAAUCUGUUAUUGAUCAAUUUAGCAGCUACUAUGGAUGAAUAUGCAUAUUUCAAUUUGAUUA